GUUGGGCUUAUGACACGCUGGCCACUUCCUACUUUUCUUUUAUAGAAUUAAGUUGAAAAUAAAGUUCACUUAUCAUUGUCAGCACGCACUCAAGUGAUCAUGGGGAAAAUUGAGUGGGCGAUGUGGGCAAACGAGCAAGCUCUGGCUGCUGGACUCAUUUAUGCGACUGGUGGGAUUGUCGGGGUGGCUGGUCAGUUCAGAGGUUGGCAGUUUGCAGCUUUCGGAAUUGCUGCAGGUGUGUUCGUGUGUUUGCUUGAAUAUCCACGAAGCAAACGGGGCAAAGGCACCAGUGUUGAGAGAACUGGUCAGUACUGCUUCACAGUUUGUGUAAAUGCUUUUGGACCCCUGACCAGAAACUAUUACGUCAGAGCAUUCCUGCACGCUGCGCUGUGUGUUCCAGGAGGGUUCAUGUUAGCCACAGUUCUGGGAUGUGUGUGUCUAGGAAUUGCCAGUUUAAUCUAUCUUUCAGCAGCUAUUCAUGGAGAGCACUGGGAGCCCAUACUGCCCCGCACAGAGCCACCAAAACGUGUUGGGGAUAGCAUCAAAGAACCUCCUCAAAACCCUCCACCUCGGCCUCCUCCUGAACUCCGCCGGAAGAAAGCAGAUAAACUAGAGACUGCUGCAUAUGACAAUCCCAUGUCUGUGACCGUCAAUGAAUAAGGAUUCCAUUGUGAAAAUAGUACCCUAUUAUUCAAGGAGGCUUCAGUAACAAGUAACUGUAUUGAUAUGAAACAUUUAUGAUAAGUUUAUAGUAACAAACUGCAUCAAGACAGAUAGAGCGCUAGCAUUGACUUGUAUCAUGUUUAUUUUAUAAUAUAUGGUGAUCAAUUUGAAACAUUCCAGUAAUUAUUGCUAUUAAUAGAGGAGCAAUUUUUAUGUAAGAAUUUUUUAUCAAUAAUAUAAUCAUAGAAGUAAAAACUAAUUUUACUGGGAUACUGUUAAAAUGAUAACAGUGAUUGUGUAUAUUUACCUCAAGAGAGUGUAUAUAGUUAUGUCUUAAGUGGUACUUACAAUAAACUCAGGAUGUGCUUCAUUCA